AUGGGUAGUCGAUUAUCUGGCUUAGGUAGCGCAUUGUAUGACUCGAAACGAAGAGAAUUCCUUGGCCGAGAUGGAGCUCGAUGGGGCAAACUAGGCGUUUUCUACUUCUUUUUCUACAUUGGUUUGGCUGGUUUCUUCUGUGCAAUGUUAGCAGUAUUUAUGGCUUUUACACCCCGUGAUCAUCCGUACUAUACGAAUCACGAUUCACGUAUGGAAACACGAUCGAAUCCACUCUCACCUGGCCUUGGCUUUCGACCACAACCAGAAGUUGAUAGAAACAUCAUUGAAGCUGACAAGGGCAGAAUUACCAACACUACAAAACGUUAUACUACUAGUCUCGAUCAAUACCUUCGAGUUUAUUACUGGACACCACAAGUCAAACAAGGAAGUUCAAGAAAUGUUAACAAUGAAGACAAAAUUCGAAAUUUUCGCAUCAAUAAUCCAGGAGAAUGCACCAUUAGUAGAAAUUUUGGCUAUACAACUGGCCAACCUUGUGUUCUGAUUAAAAUGAACAAGAUUGUGAGCUUCAUACCUGAACCAUUGGAUGCUAAAGCUGACAAAAGCGAACUACCAGAGAGAUGUCAACAACGAGAUGAUGCUAUUGCUGUUGCAUGCCAAGGCGAAUACCCUGCUGAUAUCGACAAUAUCGGACAAAUAAGAUAUUAUUCCGAAGAUAAUAUUUUGGACACUUGCGGAUCACUUAAAAAAUCUUGGUUUCCUUACACUGGCAAACAAAAUCGUACAGAUGUUUAUCAAGCUCCGUAUGUUUGGGCUCAAUUUCUCAAUCCAAAACCAAAUGUUUUGAUCAAUGUAAUUUGCCGUGCUUAUGCCGAAAACAUUGAUUUCGAUAAGAAAACAGGUCGCGGUUUGACACGUUUUCAAAUUUACGUCAACGAUGAAAGACGUCGUUCAUCGCAAAAUGCUGGAGAGAUUUAA